UUGGUCCGACACACCUACCCAGCUAAUCUGACAACUUUCCCUUCGGGACCCAGGAUUUGGUCGAGUUAGAUGUAAGCUGAGGAUCUAAGGGGGUCUGAGUAACCUGGAGCCACGUCUGCAGCAAGGGACAGGGGACCUGAGCAGCAGGCACCACAUUUUCUUCAGUGUGUGGAGACGUUUGUCCGGGCUGGGGCAGGAGAGGCCUCGAGGCCCCUGCGAGAUCCGGCCCAGGGGCCUGACCUUCCCGCACCUCCGGAGGGUGGAACAUGGAUAGACUCCUGCCGCUGCUGCUGGGUCUCGGCCUGGGCUGUGUGGGAGCAGGUGGCUUCGUGGCUCAUGUGGAAAGCACCUGCCUGCUGGAUGACAAUGGGGUUCCGAAAGACUUCACAUACUGUGUUUCCUUCAACAAAGAUCUGCUGGCCUGCUGGGAUCCAGAGGCAGGACAAAUAGCCCCCUGUGAAUUUGGGGUGCUGCAUAACUUGGCUGUAGGCAUUUCAGAAUACCUCAACCAAGAUAAGAGCCUGCUCCAGCGCUUGGGCAAUGGGCUUCGGGACUGUGCUGUGCACACCCAGCCCUUCUGGGAUGCACUGACCCACAGAACGAAACCACCGUCUGUUCGAGUAGCCCAAACUGCCCCCUUCAACACAAGGGAGCCUGUGAUGCUGGCCUGCUACGUAUGGGGCUUCUAUCCGGCGGACGUGGUCAUCACAUGGAUGAAGAAUGGGCAACUUGUCAUGCCUCACAACAUCAAAGAGAGGACUGCCCAGUCCAAUGGAGACUGGACAUACCAGACUGUCUCCUACCUGGCCUUAACCCCCUCCUACGGGGACGUCUACACCUGUGUGGUACAGCACAGUGGGACCCCCGAGCCAGUCCGUCAGGACUGGACAGUCGGGCUGUCCCCCAUCCAGACGGUGAAGGUUUCUGUGUCUGCAGCCACCCUGGGCCUGGGCUUCAUCAUCUUCUGUCUUGGUUUGUUCCAUUGGCGCAAGUCUCGCUUCUCCAGCUACAUCCCUCUCCCGGGAUCCACUUACCCAGAAGGGCGGCACUAGAGGGCAGAACUGAGAAGGAGAUUCCGAUUCUUGAGGAUGCCUCCGUGGCCCCCAACAUCUUCAGGACACCCCGCUUUCUUGUGUCAUAAUUUCCUCUACUCUUCCCCAUGUAAAUAUUAGCAGUUUGGGGUACUCAUAAUCAAGUCAUGGUCCCAGGCUGCCUUCUGAGGAGAACUGAUCUGAGGAGGGGUUCAAGGCCCUCCGGAAGAGGGGGUUCAAGGCCGCCCGGAAGGCCUCACUCCAUCACAGAGGGUGGUGUGUUGUAGGUGAUCAUGUCUAAGAAAUAAACUGGUGGAAUUACUGGCCUUCCUCAA